UAAAAGGAAGUGGGUGUUGACCCGCGGGCAACUGAAGCUGUUGUUUGAAAGCUGUGCGGUAUUCGGGAGUUCUGGAGACUUGGAGGGGUGAAUUCAUGAGUUCGGCGGUUGCAACUGGGGGUUUGUGUGAGACUCAUUUCCAGAAGAAAGCUAUUAAGCUUCUUACGUGGGUGAUGUUUUUUAAAAAAUAGCAAUUGGGUUUUACCCGCUUGGCUCCCUUUUCUCAACAAAUCUUAACUCCGCCCCCACAUCUGUUUGGUUUUGCCUUGCCGACAGCUCUCGGGUUGGGGAAUGUACUGUUACCGUUAUUGUUGCUCAUGCAGCCGUUCUCUUGAUAUCCUCGUUUUCAGAUUGAUUGGCAUGGUGCAUUAGUAGACUGAGUGGGAUUAAUGGGUAAAAAUGGUGCUCUAGUCUCUAUGCUGGAUUAAAUACCGAAAUUAAAAUGUCUAGUUUUGCGAAUAUUCUGUUUAGACGUUGUCUUUUUAAAAGUUGAUGACUGCAUAUUUCAAAAUUACUUGAAAUUCAAGUUUUCUCUAUCACACCCCCUCCCCCGCCUUGCUUCUUAUCCCACCUCCUCCCCAGUCCUUAAAGCUGUUCUGAAGUUUCAUGGACCCAGGAAAAAGUUCUAUUCAGAACUGCGAGACUAGUUUUAUUACCAGUAAUACGAAAGUUCCUGAGGUUAGCCCGGAAAAGGAAAAAAAGAUUAAAAUACCAGCGAAGAGGCUUCGUGAGAUAGUUUCUCCAAAUCAGGGAGAUAAUUUGGCUUUGCUGAAAGAGCAGUCGUCCUGUGUUCCUCCAGCGUUGUCUGCAAAUAAACGUCUUCCUUUUAGAACGGGAACUAGCUUGAAUGGAACGUUACGUGGUUCAUCAGACUUAGCUUCUACUAGAAAUUAUCACCAGCCUCCAUUAAAAAAUUCCCCUGUGUCAGAAAGUGGUUUUUCUAAAGAUGUUGCAGUACAAGGAUUGCCUUUGGGUGAAACAGAAGAGAACAGCAGACAAAAAGCAAAUGAUAUCUUUAUUUCCCAGUACAACACGGGACAGAAAGAUGCUCUAAGAGCAGUUUUAAAACAAAAAGCUCAAAGCAUGCCUAUUUUUAAGGAAGUAAAGGUACAGCUUUUAGAGGAUGCAGGCACAGAAAAGGACGCUGUUGCUCAGGAGACUAGAACUUCACCCAGUUGCAUCGAUUCAGCUACAACUGUGGCUGCAGCAACUGCUGCCGCAAUUGCAACAGCAGCUCCUCUGAUAAAGGUACAGAGUGAUUUGGAAGCAAAGGUCAAUUCUGUUACAGAAUUACUGAAUAAGUUACAGGAGACUGAUAAGCAGUUACAACGUGUCACAGAGCAGCAAGCAAACAUUCAGGACAAACAUGAGAAGCGACACUGUCAUGAUCAUGAGAAGCAAAUGAAUGUGUUUAUGGAGCAGCACAUUAGGCAUCUUGAAAAACUACAGCAACAACAAAUAGAUAUUCAGACUCAUUUCAUUAGUGCUGCACUCAAGACUAGCAGUUUGCCGCCUGUCACUGUGCCUCCUCCUAGAGCAGUGGAAAACUCUUCUGUAAAACCAGACUAUUCUAAUCUUGGUGGCAGUGAUUUAUCUUCACACAACACACUUGGCUCCAGACAAGUACUUUCAAGAGAGGUUGAAGAUACAGGUUUUGAUAAGCAGAAAUCUCCUUUGGAGACACCAGCACCUCGCAGGUUUGCUCCUAUACCUGUUUCAAAGGAUGAUAAAAUACCAAAGAAGGAAAAUCCUGUGGAAGAAAAAGAAAAUAUGGAAAUAUCAGGUCAUACAGGAACCAUAAGACUAUUGGAACAAAUUUUGAAUAAUCAAGAUUCUUUGACAAGAAUAAGUGAAUCUUCAGACAAAACCUCACUAAGUAGGUCAAAAAUAAGUUGGAAUCCUGAGAGGAGAGACAGAUUUCCUUCAUAUGAGGAACUAGGAACAGCUAAAGUGACUGGGCAAAAGUCUGAUAACAUUCUUCAUAAUUGUGGCCAAAAAAGGAAAGAAACAAACAGCAUACCCCAGCCAACAGAAUCGCUGAUUAUGUCAAGGCUUGUUGAUCUUCCACAGAAUGCCACUAAGCUUCAAACAACCAGUACAAGAUCCAUACUGAAAGAAGCUGAGAAGAUUUUGAGAGGAGUACAAAACAAUAAAAAACUACUUGAAGAAAACCUGGAAGCUAUUGUUCGUGCAAAGGAUGGAACUGCUAUGUAUUCGUUUAUCAAUGCUCUGUCUAGUGACCGAGAGAUGUCAGAGAAGAUUCGAAUCAAAAAGACAGUGGAUGAAUGGAUUAAAACUAUUUCUGCAGAAAUUCAGGAUGAACUGACGAAAAAAGAUAAUGAACAAAAGAGAUUUGAUCAGAAGAAUCAAAGGACCAAGAAAGCUCCUAAUAUGAUUAAAGAUUUUAAAACCAAUAAACAAGACAAAAUAGUAAAUAAUUAUGUGAUUCCAAGAAAACAUUGUCAAAAACAAAAAGAGGAGCAUUUUAAAAAUCCACCUGUGAGGACCAUGCCUGCCUCAAGCUUACAGAAAGAAAGAAAAGAAGGUUUUUUGAAAGCAACCACAGUGAUGGAAGAUGAAGAUCAUAUGUUACACAUUUACGGGAAACCAGUUUAUCAGGGCCAUCGCAGCACUCUUAAAAAAGGACCGUAUCUCAGAUUCAAUUCUCCAUCUCCUAAGUCCAAAGCACAGAGACCAAAAGUAAUAGAACGGGUUCAAGGCACUAAAGUAAAGUCAAUUAGAACACAAACUGACUUUUAUGCAACAAAACCCAAGAAGAUAGAUUCUAAACUGCAACAUUCCGUUGCUACGCUGCCUCCUGGUGAUCAGCAGUACUUGUUCAGCCCAAGCAGAGAAAUGCCUACUCUUUCAGGUACACUGGAAGGCCAUCUAAUUCCUAUGGCAAUUCUUUUAGGCCAAACCCAAAGUAAUAGUGAUUCCAUGCCACCUGCUGGAGUAAUUGUAAAUAAGCCACACCCUAUAACAGUGACUACCUCUAUUCCUCCGUCAUCUCAAAGAACAGGAACUGGAGUAAAGAAACCUAACAUAGCAGUUGUAGAAAUGAAGUCGGAAAAAAAGGAUCCUCCUCAGCUUACUGUACAGGUGUUACCCAGUGUGGAUAUUGACAGCAUUUCAGAGGGAAGCGAGGUCACCAGUCCAUUUCCGCCCAGGCCCAGACAAGCAUCUACGCCUCCACUGAACACCUGGAUACAGACUCCAGAAUUUACAAAGAUAGAUGAAGAAGAGGUGAAGUUUCCAGGAACUAACUUUGAUGAAGUACUUGAUGUUGUACAGGAAGAGGAACAAUGUGAUGAAAUUCCAGAAUACUCUGAACCAGUCCUGGAGUUUAAUAGAAAUGUUCAAGUUGCUCCUACAAAAUAUACUGGUCCUCCAUUUCCGCCAGUUGCUUCUACUUUUCAGCCCACUGCUGAUAUUCUGGAUAAAGUAAUUCAGAGAAAAGAAACAUUGGAAAAUAGUUUAAUUCAGUGGGUAGAACAAGAAAUAAUGUCAAGAAUUAUCUCUGGGCUCUUUCCAAUCCAGCAACAAGCCAUAGCUAAUAUCAGUGUUGCAGCCAGUGAGGCAAGUGAACCAUUGACUUCUGACAUUGUGGAGGGAACGAGCGGCGGCGUCCUCCAGCUUUUCGUUGAUGCCGGGGUUCCUGUGAACUCAGACAUGAUCGGCCACUUUGUGAACGAAGCCCUUGCUGAGAUUGUUGCCGUCAUGCUAGGCAACAGAGAAGCAAAGAGGCAAGAUCCGGUUGCUGCAGGCAUUUCUGGGGAUGCUUCAACACAUAGAACAUGCCUGCCGGCAAGAGUGUGUACCCCAGUGGCUACCCCGAAGCCAACUCCUCCUCACUCACCUCCACCUCCUAAGGAGCAAGUGUUGGUGAAAACUCCGGAUUCUUCUCCCUGUGAUUCAGAUCAUGAUGUAGCUUUUCCUGUGAAGGAAAUAUUUGCUGGAAAAGGAAAUGACAUGUCUGCUGUCACACUUGUUAACACUCCUACAGUGACCCCUGCUGCUACCCCACCUUCUUCAGCUGCUCUUACCCCAGCUUUGUCAGAGGUUUCCAUUGAUAAACUGAAGAUAUCAAGCCCAGAGCUUCCCAAGCCAUGGGGUGAUGGAGACCUGCCAAUGGAAGAAGAGAAUCCUAACUCUCUUCAAGAAGAACUUCACCCGAGAGCUAUUGUAAUGUCUGUGGCCAAAGAUGAGGAACCUGAGAGUAUGGAUUUCCCUGCUUACCCUGCUCCUCCGAAGCCACUUCCCUUGAUGCCGCUCCCUGCUGGCACCGAGGCCCCCGGCCCUGUGCAAAUGCCAAGUUCUGAUUCCUCAACCACAGAGAGCACCUUGAGCAUUACCAUCACCGACACUGACAGACCCAUCUCUGCGGGAGAGGUUUUAUUGGACCACAGUCAAAAAGUGGCUCCCAACAUGUUAGGAGAUGGAGGACUGCACCUGACAAACCUGAGUGACAGUUUGUCCAGCACGCUGCACGAUGCCCAUGAUAUGGAAGAUGAUCCGCCCAGUGAAGGACAAGUGAUUAGAAUGCCGCAUAAGACAUUCCGUGGAGAUGCAGCUCUCUCUCUUGCUAAAGAAAACCAGGAACCAUUAGUUUCAUGGCAAGGUGUCAAUCGUUUAGAGGACUUGGAAGGCAGUUUGGGUGAAGGACAAAGGCCCAGGCUGACAGCAGCAGCAGCAGCAGAGAACUUAACGGGACAUCCUGUCUACAAGCAACAGCUUGUCGCUAAAGCUGAGUCUUUGGAUCAGAAAUGUGCUCUUAAGCCUUUAUCUCAGCAGUCCGACACAGUUACAGGUGACGUUUAUGAAGAUUCAUGUGCUAGUCAUGGUCCAAUGAGUUUGAAAGAACUGGAGUUGCAGCCAGAUUCGCAUCUUGCUCUUCCCACAACACAUCUGACAUCACAAGAAAAUGAUGUUAAAUUAUCAGUAGCAGAAGAAGAUUUUUCUCAGUACCAACAAAAGCAAGACCAAGAUGUUACUCAAGUUCAACACAGGCCAGCACAGGCUCAUAUAAUACAUGUCAGAAGUAAACCCGAUACUUCACUUUCAGAGCAACAAGGUGAUAUGGAUCGGACACAAAUUGAGCCCAAUCUGUACCUUGCAUCUGUAUUUACAGGUGGUAAAGCAGUACCAUUCUUCACUUCUGAGACGUCACCUGCCAGGAUGUCCGUGCGGCUGCCCUCCGUGCACCCAGAGGACUGCCCACCGUCCCUGAGCCUCAGCGCCGUCCAGGGGGACACGGAGUCCUCAGGAGCAGAUACCUUCUGAACGAGAUGUGAGGGCCAGUGCAAGUUUUGUGCCACUGGUUUUAAGGUCAUUUUUCUCUGGCAUAAAACCAUCUCUCAGACUGUUUUGGUCUUUGAGCAUAUUCUGAAAAAUUAUUUCUAAAUUUUUAUUCAAAUGAAAAGCAUAAUUUGGCUAGUUAGGUGACAUUUUUAAUAAAAUAAUUGAAAUGUAAAUCAUCAUGAGUCUGGCUGUGAGUUAUUUCUUAGAAUCCUGAGGCACCGUGGAACUGUGGACAGGGCAUGCAUGACAUUCGUCAUCUGAGCAUUUACUCUACAGGUGUAGUUACUUGUACAUAGUUAUGAAAUUAGGUUGGUCAAGGUCUUUCAUUCCGGAGUUUUUAUAACAGUGAAUGAUUGUAAGCAGUCUAAUGCUUAUCAGCAAGGGACUGACUUUAAAAAGUGAUAAUAUAUUUGUACAGUGGAGUACUGUGUGGUACAAAAAAAGAAUCUGGAAGUGCUUAUGGGUUAUAAGGAAUU